UGUGCUGUCCUGCUCUUCACUCUGUUGCAGCCCAGUUUCUCAUCUCCUUAAACUCACCCUCCGCAGUCCUGCCUCCUUCCCCUUUGUUCCUGUGCUUCCCUAACAGUUGCCAUCUGCUUCUUCACUUGUUUUUGGGUACCAUCACUGUAGCCUGUUACUUCCAAUGCCACCUAUCAUUUUCCAGAGGUCCCAGGUCUAGAUAACCUGGUAGGAUUGUAUACAAUCUUGAUUCCAGUUUAAAUCUGUAAUACUCGCUUGUUCAAACUGUAGGUGAAGGCCAGUCCAGUACCUUUGAUUGAAGCAUUUUAGAGGAUUCAUCUUACUUCUAGACCAGAGCAAUUACUGUGAGCAUCCUCUGAGAUCAAACAAUGGGUUAAUAGGUGCUUUAGGCCAACUCUAUAUAAAUAAUAUACAUCUGAAGAAAAUGCUGUGUUCUGCCCUGUUUCUCACUGUUUUGUUGUAUGCGGUCUUCCUUGAUCUCGCCUACCUUCCGUGGAGUUGAACAUGAUAGUGAAAUUACAUCAGUUCAUAGUGAGGAACGCUGGUUGCUUGUGCUUUUUUUGUUCUAUGGAACUGAAUAGCAACAUGAUAGUGCAAGAAAGAGUGUGUGGGUUCUAGAGACUGGGCUUCCAGCUGAAAUGCAAGUUGGUGCAGCUUGGCCACUUUCCAGAGAAGUGAUGUCUGUAAUCUCAGCAAGUCAUUAGAUGUCUACAUGUCUGUCUUCUGACCAAUUUACAGUGAGUUUCUUCCUACAGCUUUAUUCAGAGGAUGGGGAAUGGUUAAUAAAAACCUUACGCAGCAGCAAGAGGGGACAAAAUAGACAUUUUUGGUUUUGUUCAAAUGAGCAUAACAAUUGUCUUUCUUUAUGUACUUUGGGCUUUUUUGUUUCAUCAAACCAGAUGAGGAAAAGUGGAUAUACCAGCAAAGAAAAUAUGUUUGCCAACAAAAUCUGGCCUUGGAACAGACCAGACUGACCUGAAGUGAAACAGUUGGGAUGAUAAUGAUUUAAAAGUCAGACUUGUGUUCUUGGGAGUUUCUGAUAUAAAUCAUGACCAUGAUUGCUAUAAACCAUGUCAAACUAGAUUUGUAAAAUAAUGUCAGUGUCUUAAAACGUUUCAGAUGACUCAACAGAUUGUACAUCUUUACAAAAUAAUUAAUAAGCCAGAUGCUAAAAACUGGCACCAACUAGUUUUUCUCCUUGCAUUGGCACUGUGUGUAAGUCCAAGAGGUAGGAUUUGAUUACUGAACUUCAAGUAUUUGAAAAGGAGAGAGUAUUAAAAGGAGCAUGGGUCUGGUCUUCAGCUCUUGUCCAAAGGUACUUGGGGAUCCAAGGACUUCGUCUAGUCUGUGGAAUGUUACUGGGAGAAAUGACUUGUAUCAAUGGAGAGAUCUACACAUCUUAUAGAGGAGGUAAUAAGGUUUUGUGGGAGAAUAAAACCCAAAAACAAAACCAGAAAAGAUUGCACGUCCAUCCUAGCCAUCUCCAGCCUGGAAGGGGUUGGUAAGCCUGCAUGCCUGGGAUUUGGUCUGAGCUUGGGUAGGCUUCAGUUAAUCCCUCACACAACCUUGUUGUCUCUAUUUUGUGUGUCUGGUUUUCUUUUGAAGUAAGUAUGUUUAGAAAGAUCUUCAGGCACCAUAAGUUGCCAGAGCUCCUCUGGGAAAAAAGUGGCUCCUGUGUGGGGUGGCCCCAGUGUUAGGCGUGCUCCACUGGCCUCUCUUGACCCCUGGUUUGCCUCCCCCCUCUCCUCUUCCUCACAGCAUCUGUGGUCAGACUCUGAGAGGCAGGGACAGGGCUUGCAAACAGCUGGCUCAGCAGAGGAGGGGGAGAGCCAGCUGAUGCCACUAUUAAUAGUCUUUCAAAAUUGAUGGAUGAGACAAUUAUAAAAUUGCAGAGGGAAGUGAAACUUAACGGAAUCCAUGUUUUAAUUGUAUUGUGGAUGUUUUUCAGCAGCCGGCUUCUGAGAUGCAGGACAGAUCGAGCAUUUUUGUGAGGAUGUUGAUGUAGGCUGCAAAAUGUAUUGUUUUUAAAGAAAGAAAAAGAAUGGGCCAGUCUGUUUUCCACACUCUGAUGCUCUCAGUCUUCUUCAGUUGUACUGUGUAAUAGCAUGCAAUGUCUAGACAGUAAAUCAGAUCUGAAAUACUAUCCUGAUGCAUCUAGAGAAGAAAGUCUCCUACAAGCACCUGUGGUGUCAAGGUGCCCAAGCCUGUGAGGGGUACCUAGGUUCUGGUUUUGUAAUUUCCCCUGUGUGUCCUUCAUCCCCAUGGAAAGGAAUGAGGAUGCUGGAGCCAUCUGGCUUGUGGUGACCGGCAGCUUGGGUCCUUGUUUCCUCCCUGCUGGCAUGUCAGCCUUCUGGCACUGACACCUUCCUGUCCAUAACACGGGGAAGAUCCGUUUUCGGCUGAUGAAGCCCUCCUGCUCAGUCUGCAAGUAGCGGUUGCGUGCUGCAUGAGGUUUUCUUCUAGGCAGGUGUUCUGUUUGAGUAUGCUUCAUCCACGAUUGGAUGAAAACAUUCUCUGUCUAAGUUUUGUUUUAACUCAGGCUUUAACAAAACCAGUCUUCUUUGUAGUAUUGUUCCUAGCUUUUCUUUCCUCUGGGACUGAGAACUUCUCUCCGCAGGCUCCUUAACUCAAAUGUAACCUGUCAUAAUUCUGCAUGUUUUGAAAAAGUACACAUAUAGGUGGUUUAGUAAAGAGAACAAAGUAUCAGUCUUUUCUCUUGCCUCCUCCUACUUUCUCCCAAGUCAAAAGCUGAGAACAGGACACCUUUCAGGAGUGGGCUCUUUAAUUUAAAAGUCCCAGUCGUAAAGUUCUAGCAUCUUCAUCAGACAAACCUUCUGUUCCCAUCAGCUGCAGGGGAAGUUGCUUAAAAGAAGGCGUCCUCCAGGGCUUGGAGUGGUGCUCUGUUUUAAAAGUGAAUAGUUUGGGGUGGAGAUGGUCUUCUGCCUCAGUACUUUAGCAUGCCUAUUUUCUCCACCUCUCUCAUACCUCUGUAAGGAUUUCUGGGGUCCAGUCUGGCUGUGAGGAGCUCCCUCAUUUUCCCCUACUUAAGCUCCCUGGGGCAACAGCUUCAAUUCCAGUGGUGAGGUUUAGAAAUGGGUUCCUCUUGCUUCAUUUCCUGCUCUGGAGUUGGUUGGUAUUUUAAUGGCUGUAAACUAACAUUAGGAGGGAUAGCACACUGGGGAGCUGGACUGCUUCAAGAGGAAAAGUUUCUCCUUGCAGGCAGUAAAACAGGCUUGUGGUCGUGAUCCCUGUGAGUUACAGAGGUGCCUUGACUGAGUAGGCAGUGAGUGGGGAAGAUGAGAGUGGAUCACAACAGCUUUCUUACAUCCUAAAGGACACAAAAUCUUUGCACUGUUUACUCUGAAAAUAUUCUCUCUCCUUUUCCAGAAGUGCACUGUUUACACGCAGGCAAACACUGAGAUUUUACAAGUGUACGUGCUUGUGCUUUUUGUGCUUUGGGCACAGCUGGCAAUGCUGAUAGGAGGGCUUCUAUUGUACAGACACUUGCUGCUUAGAAAGUAGAAAUUUGCUGAGAGUGGCACUGGGAGCCCAGCAAUUCUCCCUUCAGCGAGGCUGGGAACUGCCGGCAGCGGCUGAGCUGCGCUGGGCAAUGUGUGUGUGCGUGCUCGCAGCAGGACCAGGGGUGCUGAGGUGCUGGUGCUGUUACUUGGAAUAUUGAAAUUCUUUAAGCUUUUUUUUUCCUUAGCAAUACUUUCCAAAUAUAAUUAUUUAAAAGAAAACCUGAAUUAUGAUAUUUUGCAGAUGAUUGGAAGCCUGUUUUCUUCCUUUUGCCGUGGUAGAUCUGUUAACAUCAGUGACUGUAGCUGCAACUUGCUCGUCCAGGUGUAGCUUGUCUUUGCUUUUGUGGGAUCAAGGCUGUUAUGGUAUUUUUUGACCUGAUUCUCACAGGAUUUCCUUUUGUUUGCUGCAUCGUUCUGUAUGCCAGUUUCCCUGUAAAUGUUAUGAGACCUGGCAGUAUGGGCCUGAUGCCAAGGGUAAGGGGCUAAUAAAAAUACAUUUAUUUUUAUUUCGGAAGCUCUUGCAAUUCACACUUCACUGGCAGGGCAGGUAUGGUGUUUCACAGAAGAAUUCCUUUCUCAUCAUUUUGAUUUCAAAGUGCUCUAACAGGGUCCAUGUGCAGCCCUAGGCAUGGCAAAUGACACACCAAGGCCAGGAUUCAUUCAACAGCAGGAGAUGGGGACAGAGGUGGGGCUGGGGACACAGCAAAUGUGAGUAUGAGGUCUGUCCAGCGUAGCAGCACUGCUGUGGCAUCCCUGGAGCAGGGUGUGAUGGCCCUGGUGGGGGCUAAAACAAGGUCCUGUUUCUAUUUUCUGAGUGCCAAGCCAGUGCUGUAGCCAUUCUGCUGUAUUGCUUACUCAGCAUUUUGUUCUGGGGAACCUGAAGGUAUGUUGCUGUAGCUGAACAAUGCCUCCUUCGUGAGAUCUGAGAUGCCUGCUCUUGCCAUAUCUGGCCGUGUCAUGUGUGCCGAGCUAGGGACAGAAGUGCUUGUGAGCCCUUCCAGUAGCUGAGGGAGCUCUGACUCCCGAUCCAUGGCUGUGCUCAGCAGGCUGCUGCUGCGGAGUGUGAGGUACACAGCGCUGUCACACCAAGGGUCUUUCAGCCGGACUUGGUAACUUUUGCACCCAGGACUGUGCAGUCUGAGGGCACAGAGUUUAAGCUGGAGAGACACUUGAUGAGAGGUCAAGAUGGUUAUUUGCAUUACUGAUGGGAUGAUUAGUAGGUGGUGUUCGUGGCUGUCAUUAGAGACCUGUGGAAGACUGGUAUUAAACAGAAAAGAUCUCUGUGUCUGUGUGUAAUUUAUGAGGCCUUCUGCUCAAACCUCCAUUCAUACUCUCAGAUGUUCCACACUGGCAGCGGGGAAGAGACACUGGAAGAUGCUAAUUAUGUCCUGUGCUGUCAAAUAGAAAUAAAGGUGGCCGUGGCAUGUGUUCUGCAGAGGCUUAGAUGCUUCUCUAUGUUGUGGAUCAGCAGUGUACUGCAGGGCAGUGUAUGAAGAGUGCAGGGGAAUCUGAUUUUCAUAUCCUUUGUUUAGAACUGAAGAUUGACUUUAUAUAGAAAUAUCCGUAUUUUUACAGGUGAAAUCAAAGGGCCAGGCUCUUUGGUCCAAAGCUGUUUGUUCUUGGUAUUUGUCACGUGUAUAGCUGACUGAAUUAAUCAAAUGGAAAAUGCUUUUUCCCAAACCAGAAAAAUUCCACAAAAAGAAAUGUAUUCCACCUAUUUUUUUACUUUAAAAGCAAAAUACAAAAAGAUCCCUCUUCUCUCCUUCUCUCACCCUCCUUCUUCUAUGUCUCUCUUAGUGGCAAAAUGAGAAAAGUCAAAGCCUGAAGAAAAAGGUUUGGGUGGGCAUUCACACAUGUAUGUAUGGAGGAAAAAAAUCAAAAUAUAUGGAUGUUUCUGACUUACCACAGAUAAGCUGGUGAAAAUCAGUGAUUUAUGUAAAUGUACUUCUAUGACAAAGAAGCAUUUAACAGCUUGCAAGUUAUUCCACUUUGUAUUCUGUUGGUAGAUAAACAUAGGCUUAAUUCUCCACUUACUUGCCCUUUCAUAUCCUUCUCUGACUUACAGAACAGUUGCAUUCAUUUAAAACUAGUCUAGGGUAUUGAAUAGCCAUGUCUGGUUAAUUUUCUUUUAGCUCAUUAGCUUUUUAUUUUUUUUUAAUGUGGCCACGACAGGUGGUGGCAACUCCUAGCUCUGAAGUGUGCAAUGCUUUUCUUUGAGUGUCCUGACCUGCCUACUGCUUAGCUGUCCCUGGAUCACAGCUCAGGAAGCCUCCCUUCUCCAUUUUGUUCAUGACACACAUGUCUGAGCAAAAGCCAGUAAUGGCUUUCAGAGGGUCUGAAGUCACAGGUGUGAUAUGAUGCAUACUUUUGAGAUGUAUCAGCUUGCCCCUUGUGUAAAUCAAAUCAAACAGGGUAAGGUGCGGAUCCUGUUUUGUUUCAGCAUGGCUUGCUUAUUCAGCGGAAAGGAUGCGUGCAGUCAUCUAGAUGGAUGAAACCAUCUUUGAGCGUUUCAGUAAUAUCACACAUGACAGAAAUUCUGAGCUUCUCUGUGUGAAAUACAUCUCUUCCAGGAGAGGAGAAUCCUUGACAGUACUUUCAAAACGUAUUAGGAAAUUGUGGGUUAAAUAAUUACUCUAUUUCCACAUUAACCUUUUUGUUUCUUGCCACUUUUCCAAUUGUGGCAAGAUUUGCAGGUAAGAAGCUGAAAAAGAAAAGUAAUAUAAGGGGGCAGUUGGUUUGUUUCGGGUUUUGUUUGUUUUACUUCUUUAGUGUAUCUUGUCUGCAUCUGACUCCUGGCAGGGUUUUGUGACCUUCAGUGGAUCUCAUCAGUGUUUUCCAUUCAGAGCCCUCCAGGCAGACAGAAACCUACACAGCAGAGCACUGAAAACUCUGAACUGCCCAAAAGGAACAGCAUCUUGCACCAGCUCUUCUUCUUUCCUCCUGUGUUGGUGAACAUUGAGGGGAGUUGUUUAAACCAGGUACUGAAAGGUUCAGGCCAGAGGUUUUCCUGUGCUCUCCAUAGCCGCUGCCCAGUGCUGUCCUGAGGAGAAGCAGUGUCAGGAAGGCGGGUGCUGCCCUGAGGAGAAGUGGUGGGAAGGCUGCUACCCCUUGCCUACGACGUGUCAGAGUGAGGCUCAUCACAAGGCUUUCCUGUGCUGGCUGCCAUGGAGACCCUGUCCCAGGACUCUCUGCUGGAGUGCCAGAUUUGCUUCAACUAUUACAGCCCCCGCCGGCGGCCCAAGCUGCUGGACUGCAAGCACACCUGCUGCUCAGUGUGCCUGCAACAAAUGAGGACCAGCCAGAAGGACCUGCGCUGCCCUUGGUGCCGUGGGAUCACCAAGCUGCCUCCGGGGUACUCUGUGUCACAGCUGCCCGAUGACCCUGAGGUGAUCGCCGUCAUUGCGAUCCCCCACACCUCGGAGCACACCCCUGUCUUCAUCAAACUCCCCAGCAAUGGGUGCUACAUGCUGCCCUUGCCCCUCUCCAAGGAGAGGGCGCUCCUGCCAGGAGACAUUGGCUGCCGCCUCCUGCCUGGCAGCCAGCAGAAGUCCCUGACGGUGGUGACGAUCCCCACAGAGCAGCAGCCGCUGCAGGGCGGCCUUUCCGCUGAGGUGGGAGCGGAGGAGCCAGACCGGAGAGGUGCUGUGAAAAGCUCCACCUGGUCUGGGGUGUGCACUGUGAUCCUGGUGGCCUGCGUCCUGGUCUUUCUCCUGGGCAUCGUCCUCCACAACAUGUCAUGCAUUUCCAAGCGCUUCACAGUGAUCUCCUGCGGCUGAGGCGGGGAGGGGGCUGUGCUCCCCUGGGGGUUGGGUUGGGUCGGUGGUGGUGGUGAUGUGGAGUGAGACAAUUCACUGCAGCUUUCUCCAGUGACUGCAGGACACUGUGCACCGGGGCAGUGGUGUGCCGGCCCGGCUGUGGCUCCUGGCGGUGUGGUGCCAGGCCUCUCGGCAGCCCAUGGAGAAAAUCACGUCCUGUGUCUGGCGGCAGUCGCACUGAGGAGGACUGCAUGCGUCACCAUAAUCAUUUAUCAAAGGGACUGCAACUUUACAGUGAUCUUUUUUAUUGUGUUAUGAGAUUAAAGACCUCUGUGUAGCUGGUUAUACUGUGAAGUAUACAGUAUGGGCUCUUCUUUAAACACAGUAGAUUAAAAUCAAAACUGCUCCAUGUAGAAUUGAACGAGAACUGGCGUGUAACUGUAUGAGGUGUUCAAUACCAGUCCACACAUGUGUUAUUUUUUAGUGGGGGGAGGGAGGGAGACUUGUAAAACCAAGAAAUCGUUUAGCUGGUAAGGCAUUUUAUAUGUUUUAAACUGCACAUUAAUUAAACCAAGUUAGGGUGUUGUAAAAUAGUUUUUAAAAGGAAGUAUUUUACAAGCAAUCAUUUCCUUCCUUGGUGUCUGUUUUUUUGUCUCUCUGUUUUUCCCUAUUGUUUUUCAACUACAGGGAAGUGGCACUUCCAGUGUCUUUUAUUUGAAGGAGCUUCCAAGAAGGGAAGCAAAGUGGGCUAGCAGGAAUACCUAAAAAUGCAGCCAAAAUAGUUCUGCCUACCUGGCUUCUUGUGAAGGAUGGCUUUGCAUGAUAAACUUUGGACAUGCUGUUUUACUUCCAGUCUGGUAGACUUCCUGAUGACCUGGCCUCCAUAGCCAUUAGUGAAGAAAUAGAUCAUGAGAAGUCCUAGGACUCCUGAAAGGAUGUGAUAGCAUAUUGUUCUUAAUUUUCUUUUUCUAGAGGUUGGGUUUUCUUAAAUAUUUGUAGGGAAUUUAGACCUAUUUUGCGUCCCUCUUUCCCAAAAGAUGCAACUGUGCACCUAUGAAUGGUGUGACAGAGGAGUUACUCUAAGGAAGCUUCACCAUCGCAACUGAUGCAAUCAUCUGGUAAGAGACAGUGAUGAAGAGGUAUCUGGGAGGAGAACCCAAACCAACCUAACCUUGUAUGGGUGGGCUACCCCUCCUAAGCCCCUGUGGCUGUCCUGGUGUCAGAAUGUCUGGGUGAGCACAAUGGAGCCUAUUCCCCUAUUUCAGUUUUAUAAAUGUCGAUGUUCAUAAGGACAGAUUUGAAAAAAAAAAAACCCACAGGAAGUGUCUCCCUGUGAGUGUCAUGACACCCCAGUGAUUUGCAGUUCACUUCAUGGGAAGAGGCAAAUUCCUGAAUGUUCACUGUGGUAGCGCCUUGCUUUAAGCAGUCCCACUAGCUUUAGUAGUACUGCUCGUAAGUAAAAUAGAGCUCAGUGUGAAUUUGGGUAUUUGGCAAGUCUGAAUGCUUAAAUUUGUGUGAGGUUUAGGGAUUGGAUCAAGGGGCACAUAACAGACCUUUAAGAAGACAGAAAAAUCUGUUGAUUUACACUGCUGCUUUUUGCAAGUACAAAGCAUAACCUUUGAAGUGUGUCCUCUUGUCAUCUACCUACUGCUGUUUCUAAUAUUUAGAGAUUGCUCAAGGCCAUAUUAUAACACAGUUUUGACUAUGCAGUGCCCAAGUUUGCCCCAUAGACGUCCUCGGGUUUCUGGUUAUGUCACAAAAUCUAGUUGCUGGUUCAUGAUAAACAUUCUCAGCUAAGAAUUCUGUCAGGAGCAUACCUCUAACUACAUGCUGGAUUUCUUUCCUUCUCUGUUCCUAAACCACCAUUUGCUUCCUUGAUUCCUGUUAACUGAUGAAUAGAAUAUACGGUGCUUAGUUGUUAUGGUGUGUGUUUGGUCAUGUUUGAAGAGGAACCAUUGUGCUGAUUUUUAUCUACUGUCAUAUGUAUGCAUAGCACAGCAAAAAAAAAAAAAAAUUCUUCAGAUAACACAUUCAAUGCCUUUUUUGUGCAAGGCCCAGUUGCAGUAUGCCUUGAACCUGGCUUGUGAGCAUUGUAAUUACAUGGACACCUCUCUGCAGCAUGUUUCAUUUGGUUGCAGUAGGGAACAGCGGAUGUUCCCAAAUGUGUCUUGUGAACAUGCAAGUCUCUUGUUGCCAGUAGGUAGCCAGAUUUCUACUGAUAUCCAUGCUACGCUGCUUAUUGUGUAAAGGAAAGCCAGUUCACAAAGAAAUCCUGCCUUUUGUAAGACUCUGGAGGAAGUGACCAGAUACAGGACUCGACCCUCUACUGCCUUACUCUGUCGCAAUUGCUGGGUGUACCAGGAGCAUAUGGCAUAUGUGAAAGAUGCUCCCAGAACAGUGCUGAUGCAUUUUGCACCAGCUUCUAUGUUUGGUUAUGUGAGUUGUCUGUGAAUGCACAAAAAUGCAAGGCAGUCAAAGAGCAGGUCCUGGCUAUACAGUGGCGGUAACGUUGCCUCCUUCCAGCCAUACCUGCCCGACUGAAGCUCUUGAGGCCGAGGUUUGCAAAGAACGGCUGUCUUGAAAACUGCCCUCUUCAUCCCUAUGUGGAAGGUGCAGAAUGAAAGAGAAAUCAGAAAUUAGGUUAAAAUACCACACUGCAUAACACAUUAUACAACAGGCAGACCUGGAGUUUAUCCGGUAUUAAUGACAUAAGUAUUAUAUUAGCAGAAUACCAUCCUGUACUACGUAACACAGUGCAUUGUUUCGUUAAUACGAACUUCCUGUACUUGUGCCUGCUGAAAUGCAUGUUUGACCUAAUUUCUGAUCCAGACAUUUGCCUGCUUUCAGCCUUGUGUAAGAGCAAUAAGUAAAACCUCAAGAUUUUUGCCUGCGUGUAUGCGCAUGGUGUGUAUGUUCAUUCCUUUUUAUAAAUAGGAGUUCUGGAAAAGUUUUGUUCUGGCUUUAGAAUGUGACUAUCAUUUUAAAUUUUCAGCUGCCAUACAUGUUAGAUCACCUAGCUUUUUUGCUGACUUGUGUAGGAGUGAACUAAAUAGUUUGUUCUAAUGUACAGUAUUAAAAUGUUUCUCAACUAUGUCAAUAGUCAUACUACUUUAAAAAUGCAGUGCAGUUUGUCCCAUUCCUUGGUUCAAUACCUGGCAUUAAAAAGCGAUACUGCUAUUUUUUUUUUUAGUUAUUAUUAUUAUCUUUAAAAGGCAACCUUGUCUUUGUAAUUUUUCCUUUGUGGAGAAACGUAUUUGGACUUGUGUCAAAAUCAUCAGGUUCCGGGUUAAUUUUGUCCUCUGGUGUCCAGUAAGAAAUCACUGCCCAGUUCCACCAAAAAGAAGGAUGGAAAAUUACUGUGACACAGUACUGUUUGAGAAACCAAAACUUAUUCUAAAAUGUGCACCUGCAUUUUUAGAGCACAUUACUCUGUAUGAAUGUGUAUUUAUUUGCUUGUUUAAUGGGAAGGAUAUGUGUGUUGGGGUCCAGCUUAAGUUUUUUUCCUGGAUGGUCCCAAUAUCCAUUGUUGACUUGUGCUUUGCUGGCAAACAGACUUUAGGGUUCACUCAGUGAAAUUUUGUUUAGUGAAUUUUAAAAAUUCAAAAUAUGCAAUUUUGGUAUGCAGGAUUUUUUAGGAAAUUGUGUGUUCAGUGAUUGUUCAUGCUUAACCAAGAUGUAAAGGAGCCUGUAUGUUUUGUAAACAUGGAGCAGUCAUGAGUUCAAAGUUUCAUCUUUAUUAAUGAAGCUCAGUCUGAAUAAAACAUUAGCAAGAAAAGAAUGAUAGCAAGUGAA